UCUCUCUCCGGAAUUUCUCGGCCGAACCGGUUGCCAGGAUGUGUGGAAUCCUUGCCGUUCUCGGUUUCUGCGGCGACUCUCAGGCCAAGCGGGUUCGAGUGCUCGAGCUCUCUCGCAGAUUGAAGCAUCGUGGUCCCGACUGGAGCGGUCUGUACCAGCAUGGAGACUGCUAUCUGGCCCAUCAACGGCUGGCAGUCAUCGAUCCAGCUUCUGGUGAUCAGCCCCUUCUCAAUGAGGAUGAGACAGUCGUUGUCACUGUGAAUGGAGAAAUAUACAACCAUGAAAAGCUCAGGAGGCUUUUGCCUCACCACAAAUUCAGAACUGGUAGCGAUUGUGAUGUAAUUGCACAUCUGUAUGAAGAAUAUGGGGAGAGUUUUGUGGAGAUGCUAGAUGGAAUGUUCUCCCUUGUGCUGUUGGAUAAGCGAGACAACAGCUUUAUCGUUGCCCGCGAUGCUAUCGGGAUCACUUCCCUCUACAUCGGAUGGGGACUAGACGGCUCAGUCUGGAUAUCAUCAGAACUGAAAGGUCUGAACGAUGAUUGCGAGCAUUUUGAGUGCUUUCCACCUGGUCAUCUGUACUCAAGCAAGCAAGGAGGACUUAGAAGGUGGUAUAAUCCGCCUUGGUUCUCAGAGGCAAUCCCCUCAAUUCCUUAUGAUCCUCUUGUUCUAAGGCGUGCUUUUGAAAAUGCUGUGGUCAAAAGACUGAUGACUGAUGUCCCCUUUGGAGUUUUGCUUUCUGGAGGCCUAGAUUCAUCACUUGUUGCCUCUGUCACUGCACGUCAUUUGGCAAGCACGAAAGCUGCAAAGCAAUGGGGGGCACAACUCCAUUCAUUUUGUGUUGGUUUAGAGGGUUCACCUGAUCUAAAGGCUGCAAAGGAAGUUGCGGAUUAUUUGGGCACAGUUCACCAUGAAUUUUACUUUACUGUGCAGGAUGGCAUUGAUGCUAUUGAAGAUGUUAUAUACCACAUUGAGACAUAUGACGUGACAACAAUUAGAGCAAGCACCCCUAUGUUUCUAAUGUCUCGUAAGAUCAAGUCGCUUGGUGUGAAGAUGGUGCUUUCUGGUGAAGGAGCUGAUGAGAUCUUUGGUGGAUAUCUAUACUUCCACAAGGCACCCAACAAAGAAGAAUUUCAUCGUGAAGCAUGUCGCAAGAUUAAAGCCCUCCACCAAUAUGAUUGCUUGAGAGCCAACAAAGCUACUUCUGCAUGGGGUUUGGAAGCCCGUGUUCCCUUCUUGGAUAAAGAGUUCAUCAAUCUUGCGAUGUCAAUCGACCCUAAGUGGAAAAUGGUGAAACCAGAAGAAGGACGUACAGAGAAAUGGGUGCUUCGGAAGGCCUUUGAUGACGAGGAGCAUCCAUACUUGCCAAAGCACAUCCUGUACAGGCAGAAAGAACAGUUUAGCGACGGUGUCGGCUACAGUUGGAUUGAUGGCCUUAAAGAACAUGCGGCCCAACAUGUCACAGAUAAAAUGAUGCAGCAUGCUUCACAUAUCUUCCCGUAUAACACUCCCACAACAAAGGAAGCCUACUACUAUAGGAUGACUUUCGAGAGGUUCUUCCCACAGAACUCAGCGAGAUUGACUGUUCCCGGAGGACCAAGUAUAGCAUGCAGCACUGCCAAGGCUAUAGAGUGGGACGCUGCAUGGUCGAAUAACCUUGAUCCUUCCGGCAGGGCUGCACUCGGGGUUCACCUUUCAGCUUAUGACGAGCAUGUGGCCGCCGUUAAUGGUGGAAUGGUGCCAUCGGAUAUCGGAGGGGACGUAAGGAGUAUGAUGGAAGUUACUGCUGGACUGGCAAUCCAGAGCUAGUAUUUGCUUUCUAGGGGCAGCAGUCCUUCGCCAGCUUCAUUGUGAGAGCUUUGCUAAUCAAAUCAUGUCAGCAUUAUGUGAAUAGUUGCUUUCUAGUUCGGAUGGCAAUGUAUCUUGAUAUGUGUAAUACCAUUUACCUUCUUGACGUUUGUUUUGCUUUAAGCAGCUAAAGGUUUGUGUCGUGGUAUGGUCAAAGCUUGUAUCUUAACUUCAAUAUAAACCGUGUUCCUGUUUACAUGAA